CGCCCCUCGGCCGCCACCUGCGGGGCCCGACCAGCCGGGUGCUGUGCGCGAACCCGCAAGGAGCGCGCGGCGGGCGCGGCAGCAGCGGCGGCGGGAGGAGGAGCCCGGAGCGCGGCCGAAGGACACCCCGUCCUCCAAAUGCUGCCACUUGACUGAGCCGGCCGCUGGCGAGAAGGCGGCGCCGCUGUCCCUGUAGCUGGACCGCACUUCGCUCCGGCCGCGGCCUCAGCUCCCACCCGCCCUGCCGCCAACCCGCUCCCGGACAGCGCCGGCCCCGGGAGCGGAGGGAGCGCCGAUGCCUGGUCGGCCCCGCCGCCGUCCCGACGCGCGAGGGGCGCGCGGCUGCCCGCCGAGGAGCUGUAUAAACACCACAUGUGCAGACUGCUGAGAGGGAGCGCUGACUGCUGAGGGGGCCUGGACAGGAGAAGCACCGGGCACCAUCAAGCGGACAAAUGCUUGGUGUUUCCCAGAGAUGCCGCUGUAGUCUUUUGCUGCUGCCUUCCUUCACUCAGAGCGCUUCAUAACAUGGGCUGCAUGAAAUCAAAGCAAACGUUCCCAUUUCCCACCACACUUGAGAGUGGGAAGAGGCAUGUGAACGAGGAAAGCUUUAUGCCUGAAGAGAGAUUUCUACCCAGGAUGCCUUCUCUGGUUAACGUCAAAGAGGAAGUGAAGGAACCCCCAGGGCCUGAAAUCGUGGUCUUUGAGUUUGCACACCGCCUGUCCCAGGAGAUCCUGACUGACGCCCUGCAGCAGUGGGCAGGCGACAACAUCAAGUACUAUGACAUCCCCUAUAUCGAGAGUGAGGGGCCUUGACGCUGUACGUAGGGUGAUGACACUUUCUCAAACUGUGGAUCAAGUCGGUGCUAGUUUAAAUACAUGAAACAAUAGCAAAAACUGCUAUGAAUAAAUACGGUAACUCCAUCUGGGUGUUAAAAAAAAAAUCUAUGACAGCAUCGAGAUUCUAAGAAUGCCUAAAAUGAAAGGUGUGUUAAGCAGUUCUACAACAGUGAUUUCUAUCUGCUUGGUUUUGGAUUUUAGUCCUUAAAGGGCUAAAUGUAAGUCCCAUGGCACUACAGUAAUCAGCUGUGUGUCACACCACUUCCGUCCCAGAGGCAGUAAUGCCAUCACCAAAGGAGUAAGAAUUUUAAAAGUACCCUGGGUUUCCAAAUGGUUAUUUUAAAUACAUUCCCUUAAAAUAACUGUCAAUUUACACAAAAAAACAGAGUAUCAAAGGAUUUUUCUUGAAAUGCCUGGGCAAGGGAAUGGCACUCGGGCCAUAGUGGUUAUUAGUGGGUCUUGUUCGUCAAAGCCUUUUGAGUCAAGGAUCCCUCAAGCGACCAAGGAUUAGGAAGCGACUCACAUAGAAGAGGCCCACCGUGCACCCUGUCCUUAUUAAGGUACUUCUGCAGAUGAAAAGCGUAACUCUCACCUUGAAACUAUUCACGGCUGUUACUGGAUGACUCAGGUUUUGUGUACAAGCAUCUUAACAAGAUACAAUCUACAGAAGUCAUGGCAAUGUCUACUGCAUUGCAUUCAGUAGCCCGCUGACAUUACUAUACAGGUAAACAAGUAUGGUAGCUGUGACAAACAGCAAUCCAGUAAAUUGUAAAAAUAGCAGAAGCCCUAGCUGGGAAGGUGGAAGGAACCUGGUCUCAGUGCUGCAUGUGUUCUGAGCUUUACUGUCUCAGAUUCCAGGGGCUGGUACGCGGGCAGCACCCUUCAAGUUACUGUGGCACCAGAUCAUACGUGAGAAUUUAUCGUUGUCAUUACACAGGAUCAAGUAUUCCUCCAAAGGGAAUACGCUGUGUAUUUUUAAUGGUAACGACGCCCACAGGGCAUUUAUAGCCAUAGACUAUACUGUUUUCAUAAAUUUGGCUACCAUUUUAGGGAAGGUUUUUGUUUUUGUUUUUGUUUUUAAGAAUUAAGUACUGCUUAAGAGCAAUGGUUACAGAAAACUCAGAGGAAGAGGGAAGAAGAUACUGAGAAGACAUAACUUGCAAGAAAAUUGAUACUGAGUCUUCAGAAUUACCUUUUCAUCAAGAUAUGCUACACAUAGAGUUGAACUGAAAAAAGAAUUAUUUACCUCUGUGAGCAUUAUUAGAUCCUUUUACUAAGAUACAACAGACCCUUGUCAUUGAAAUCUAAAGAGGCAGAAAAGGGCCUGUGACCUCUGAUAACAUAAAUACAUAUUUGACCUUCAAAGCAGGCAGAAUUGCUACCUCUAACUUCAGCAAUUAUACUCUGAAUCCACAAUCAAAUAGUUAAUUCCCCACAGAAAAUGGGCAAAGAAAGUUCUUUGAAGUGAGUGACAAGGCAUCUUUUUGUUGCCUUUGGACAAUUGGUCAUUUAACUUUCAUUUCACCUGGUCCUAGGAUUUGUACUCUCCUGUUGUAUUUAUAAUCUAGCAACUUUACAAAAUAGAAAAACCACCUCCUCUGUUUAUACAAGGAUUUAAAAUCACAAGACUAAGAAGUUUCCAAAAAAUGCAAAGCAUAUUUCUGGCUCAGGAAGAAAAAUUUAGGUUUAUGAGCGUUUAUACUAAUGACUCAGACAAAAGCCUAGACCCUGUUUUUUCACUCACUCUAUAUCUCACAUCAGGAUACUUUGCUGUUUAAAAAGUAUAAUUAGGUAUAUAAGAUACUAGAUAUUAUGGUGAGAACACAAAGCCAUAUAAAAGCAGCACAUCACACUAAAUUUCUCAGCAUACACAGGGACAGACUAUUACGUUCUGAAUAUAUCUAAACCAUUUAACCUCUGGUUCCUUCUUUGCCCUGGCCCUCUGUUUCGCAUGGGCAUAACACAGGAAUGCAGGUCAGACCAACUUCUGGCUACAAGUCUGAUCUCUGGGGCCGCCCUCUCUGGUACCACGGCAGUGCGGCCCUGACUCAUUCUAACAAGAAUAUAAUACCCUGGGACAUACAGAGACUUACUUAAAUGUACGUCGUAUUACAUGUCAAACCAUGAACAAGGAACUGCAAAGGCUCACUUAAUCCACAAGUUAGGGGAUAAACCAUGUUGGGGGCAGGAAAGAGCUGGAUAAACAAAUAUACUGCUUGUGAUUAUUAUCAAGAUAUAGUUUGGCCUUCAUGACAAGAUAAGGUCUUUCAUAAACAAAGAGCAGAAGGACCAUUUGAGAAGGAAGGAAACAUAAAGCAGAAGACUGACAUAAUUAUUAGCUACUGGAAAGGGAAACAUUUGUUUCAACUUAAAUCACAAACACGAAGAAAUAAAAAUAGUGGCCAAAUUAUAAGGGAAAGGCAAGUGAGGAAAAGAGGGCCCAAUAAACGGCACUGAUGUCAGGCUCCAAAAACAAGUUUCCCCCUUUUUUUUCUGAGGGCAAGGACACAGUAGCCAAGUCCUGUUCUUUACCACGCUGCCACGUGCCCGACCACGGACACUUUUCCCUCAAGAACGUCCAGCAGAGGGGCCACCAACCGACGACGAACCCGCAGGAGGCAACUGUGGCAGCAGCAGAUCACCAGGGGCAGCGCGCUGCUCCAGCUCCGCGCCGCCGCGCUUCCCCGCCCCCAGCGCCCAGCGCGGUGUCUCUGGGGAACUAUUACCUUUCAGUCACACGCCUUUCAUCUGAGAGUUCUCCGCGAAACUUCCCGUUGCCUUAUCAGUUCUUUGCAGCUACCUAUAGUUAUUAGCACUUAAAGCACAACUUUGAAGGUGAUAAAACAAUCUUAGUCCUAAAGGAGUAAUUUGUGUCAAACUGCCUUACUAGUAUUAGAGAGACGCGCUGAGGGAAGCAGUAUAAUACUCGUAUUUCCUACUCGCUAUCAUUGGCAUUUUAUGAGAUAGGGGACUGUGCUUUUGUAAUUAUAUAGCUUUAGAAAUCAAAAGUUAGAGACAAAUUACAAAUAAUGUCAAGGAACAGUAACUUAAAAACAAAGAUCUAACAAACUGCUUACUUAUAAUGCCCUUAUCCUGUAUUUGUGUGACCAAACUGGAUGUGUCUUCCUUGGAGCACUGGGGACAAGCUCAGAUGUACUCCAACAGUACUUUGCAAAACUCAAGUUUUGUUAGCAAAUUCUUUUCACUGUAAGACUUAGCUAUGAAAUGGUAUAUUUUUUCCAAAUAUUUUUGUGAAAACAUUUUUCCUAAUUGUACAAUAAAAGUCUAGUUGCAAUUAA